AUGCAACAAAUCACCGACUUCUUUUAUCAUGCUAAGGGCGAUCUCUUCUAUGGAUUUCUCCUUUUAUUUUCUUCCAUUUUGGCUUUUUUACUCAGAUAUUUUGGAUCAUUUGGUACUCGACGAAAACUGGAUGGUUUUAUUGGAUUUGGAAUUACGCUUUUUGUAGCGGGGAGAAUGUUGUUUUGCUCUUUAAUUGUUGUUGUUGUACAUUUAGUUAUGUUCCGAUUUAUUAGAAAUCCGAGAAUUUUAACAAAUUUGUCUUUCUACGGAACUUUUGUUUUCUUAGCCAUUCUUCGUUUGAUACAUUUUGUUGGUCUUCCAAGGCUUGAAUUUGUUACAAAUGCCAUCCAACUUAUUCUUACUUUAAGGGUAAUCGGAUUAAGUUAUGAAAUUGCUGAUUUUCGAUUAUCAAAAAAGUCUGACAAUAAAAAGAUUGAAUAUUUUAUUGAAAAAGAGCCUUCAACAUUUGAAGCUUUUAAUUAUUUUUAUAAUUUUACAGGCCUUUUUACAGGUCCUUAUUUUACUUAUCGCACUUAUUCGGAUGCUUUAACAAAAUGGAAAAGGCCACUUGUAUGGAGUAAACUUAAACCAUUGUUAACAGGAAAAAUGAAAACCUUGAGUUGGUCAUUGCCCUCAUUAAUUUUCCUAACAUGGCUAGACCCUGUGAAUGUUCUUCGUGGUGAACGUACUGCUUCUCUUUUGGGACUUUUUUAUGAUUUUGUUUGGUGUGCACUUGCAUUUUUAUAUCUCAGAAUGCGAAUAUAUAGUGCUUGGAUGGUUGCUGAAUCAAUUUGUUUAUUAACUGGUAUUGGACUUUAUCCAAAAGAAGGAAAAUCAACACCGGGUAAUGGACCGACGGAAAUGCAAAAAAUUAUGUAUGUGUUGAAUUUUUAA